GGAGGCUGUGGACUAUUUGCUUCCGACAUAGGAACAGCCCUGGGUUGGGAAUCUGCACUCCUGAGAGAAUGCUGGGAAUCUGCAGAGGGCGACGGAAAUUCCUGGCUGCCUCUCUGACUGUCCUUUUUGUCCCAGCCAUUACGUGGAUUUACCUGUUUGCUGGGAGUUUUGAAGAUGGAAAACCAGUGUCACUGUCUCCGCUUGAAUCCCAGCCCCACAGUCCUCGAUAUACGGCAUCAAGCCAGCGGGAGCGGGAGAGCUUGGAAGUCCGCAUGCGGGAGGUGGAGGAGGAGAACCGUGCGCUCCGCAAGCAGCUCAGCCUGGCCCAGAGCCGCGGCCCCUCGCACCACCGGGGCAAUCACUCCAAAACCUACUCCAUGGAAGAGGGGACGGGUGACAGUGAGAGCCUGCGGGCUGGCAUUGUGGCGGGGAACAGCUCCGAGUGUGGGCAGCAACCAGCAGUGGAAAAAUGCGAGACCAUCCACGUUGCCAUUGUUUGUGCAGGGUACAAUGCCAGUCGGGAUGUUGUCACACUUGUCAAGUCUGUCUUAUUUCACAGGCGAAACCCACUCCACUUCCACCUCAUCGCAGACGCAAUUGCCAAACAGAUCCUGGCAACUCUGUUCCAGACAUGGAUGGUCCCUGCUGUGCGCAUAGACUUCUAUGAUGCAGAUGAGCUCAAGUCGGAAGUGUCUUGGAUCCCCAACAAACACUACUCUGGGAUUUACGGGCUGAUGAAGUUGGUCCUGACUAAGACUCUACCUUCCAAUCUUGAGCGAGUCAUUGUCCUCGACACAGACAUAACAUUUGCCACUGACAUUGCUGAGCUAUGGGCCGUCUUUCACAAGUUCAAAGGGCAGCAGGUUCUUGGCUUGGUGGAGAACCAGAGUGAUUGGUAUUUGGGCAACCUUUGGAAGAAUCAUCGGCCCUGGCCAGCUCUUGGGAGGGGGUACAACACAGGGGUUAUCUUGCUGCUUCUUGAUAAGUUACGGAAGAUGAAAUGGGAGCAGAUGUGGAGACUCACAGCAGAGCGGGAGUUGAUGAGCAUGUUAUCCACUUCACUGGCUGACCAGGAUAUCUUCAAUGCGGUCAUCAAACAAAACCCCUUCCUUGUGUACCAGCUUCCCUGUUUCUGGAAUGUGCAGCUGUCUGAUCACACCCGUUCCGAGCAGUGCUACAGAGAUGUGUCUGACCUGAAGGUGAUUCACUGGAACUCCCCAAAGAAGCUGCGAGUGAAAAACAAGCACGUGGAGUUUUUCCGCAACCUCUACCUGACAUUCCUGGAAUAUGAUGGGAAUUUACUGAGACGGGAACUCUUUGGCUGCCCCAGUGAGGCAGAUGUUAACAGUGAAAAUCUCCAGAAACAGCUGUCUGAGCUGGACGAGGAUGACUUAUGCUAUGAAUUCCGUCGAGAACGUUUCACCGUCCAUCGCACCCAUUUGUAUUUUCUACAUUACGAGUACGAGCCAGCUGCAGACAGCACUGAUGUAACACUGGUGGCUCAGCUUUCCAUGGACAGGCUCCAGAUGCUUGAAGCUAUCUGCAAACACUGGGAAGGUCCAAUCAGCCUGGCACUCUAUCUUUCUGAUGCAGAAGCCCAGCAAUUUCUACGCUACGCCCAGGGCUCAGAAGUACUCAUGAGCCGCCACAACGUUGGCUACCAUAUUGUGUACAAGGAGGGCCAGUUCUACCCUGUGAAUCUGCUAAGGAAUGUGGCCAUGAAGCAUAUCAGCACACCAUACAUGUUUCUGUCUGACAUUGACUUCUUGCCCAUGUAUGGACUCUACGAGUACCUCAGGAAGUCUGUCAUCCAGCUAGACCUGGCUAACACCAAGAAAGCUCUGAUUGUACCUGCUUUUGAGACCCUGCGCUACCGACUCUCCUUCCCCAAGUCAAAAGCAGAGCUACUGUCUAUGUUGGACAUGGGAACCCUCUUCACAUUCAGGUACCACGUCUGGACGAAAGGGCAUGCGCCAACGAACUUUGCCAAGUGGCGAACAGCCACCACUCCCUACCGCGUCGAGUGGGAAGCAGACUUUGAGCCAUACGUUGUUGUGAGGAAGGACUGCCCGGAGUAUGACAGGCGGUUUGUUGGAUUUGGCUGGAACAAAGUAGCUCACAUCAUGGAACUGGAUGCACAGGAGUACGAGUUCACGGUGCUGCCCAACGCCUACAUGAUCCACAUGCCACACGCCCCCAGCUUCGACAUCACCAAGUUUCGCUCCAACAAGCAAUACCGCAUCUGUCUCAAGACCCUGAAGGAGGAGUUCCAGCAGGACAUGUCACGCCACUAUGGCUUCGCAGCCCUCAAGUAUCUCACGGCAGAGAACAACAGCUAGCACAGCAGGGCCAGCGAGCGGGAAACGGGGACACCGGAAGGAGGAGCCGCGCAAAGUUCGAGGCCCAGUCUUCAAACUUUGAACUGAAUUUCUGGUUUUAUAUCAUACCCGGCAGUUCUAACAGUAGAAAUUUGAAGUGACGUGUCUUCGGACUAUGCUCAUUCGUCCCUUCCCUACUACCCCAGGCCUUUCAGCUUUAGCAUCGGUGAGGUGUCAGCGGGAGGAGCCGGCUGCACGCCCGCCGUGCUGCCGGAGGUGGGGACUGGGCAGGGGCUGGGAAUGCACUUUGCUCUCCAAACUACAGAGCAAAGACAGACCUUCAGAAUAUAGGAUUUCAUGUUGCUAUUUAAUAAUUUGACAUGCUUUUUAUCUGUAAAGGA